AUGGCGACCGUUUUCGUUCGACCGGUCCUGAAUGAAAAGGAGGAAACCAUCGUGGUAAACCGAGUUCUCAAUGGGAGCCCCUCUGAUUCAAAGGAAAGCAUCCCCUCCACCCCAGUCGGUACUCUCGAGCUGGGGGUGCCUGCCAACGAGAAGAAAUUCUGGUGGCAGAGAGGCCGUGGGUACAACCCUGAUGCCAUCGCGACCCUCCCAUCCGUGUUCGAUGACCCUGAAACGGCCAAACACUAUCAGCCUCGCGACGAUUGGGAGAAUCUCCGACGAUUUGAUCCUUCGGCGAGAUGGACAUGGCGCGAGGAAUACUCCCUGAUACGAAAAAUCGACUUCAAAAUCAUGAUCUUUGCCUGCGUCAUGUUCAUGUCCUUGGAGCUGGACCGUUCAAACCUGACCCAAGCCGUCACGGACAACUUCCUUGGUGACCUUGGAAUGGACACAAAUGACUACAACUGGGGAAACACCGUCUUCAAACUCAGCUUCCUUUGCGCCGAGCUCCCGUCUCAACUGGUUUCCAAGUGGAUGGGCCCCGAUCGCUGGAUUCCUACCCAGAUGGUGCUUUGGUCUCUUGUCGCCGGCUCACAGUUCUGGCUUUCUGGUCGAGCCAGUUUUCUCACUUGCAGGGCCCUGCUUGCCCUUCUGCAGGGUGGUUUUAUCCCCGAUAUGAUCCUAUACCUCUCAUACUUCUACAAGCAUGGUGAACUUUCUCUCAGACUCGGCUUCUGGUGGACGGCCAUGUCGAUAGCCGAUAUCAUUGCCAGUUUCUUAGGGGCAGGCUUGCUUCGCAUGCGAGGGCACCUUGGCUACGCCGGGUGGCGAUGGCUUUUCUUGAUCGAGGGUCUUCUGACUCUUGUUCUUGGAUUGGUUGCAUUCAUGUUGAUGCCGCCUGGCCCUUGUCAAACUGCCAACUGGUCAAGAGGGAAGAAGGGGUGGUUUACAGAACGCGAGGAGACCAUCAUGGUCAAUAGGAUCAUCAGAGAAGAUCCCAGCAAGAGUACAAUGCACAACAGACAGCCCAUCACCCCGAAGCUGCUUUGGCACAGUUUGACAGAUUAUGAUCUAUGGCCUCUGUAUUUGAUUGGGUUGACCUUCCAAACUCCGAUGACGACACCUACUCAAUACUUGACCCUAUCACUCAAACAGUUGGGAUUCGGCACCAUCAAGACGAACUUGCUGGUGGUCCCUUCUGUCGUCGGACACAUCUUGACAAUGCUCCUCUUCACCUACCUUGCAGAAAUCGUGGGCCAGCUGUGGAUCUUUGGCCUGCUCGCGCAAGUAUGGGCCCUCCCCUUCCUGUCCUACAUCUACGCGAUCGACAUCAACUCGAUCAAUAGGUGGACGGCCUUCGGUAUCAUGACUGUCCUCCUUGCGUAUCCUAGCACGCAUGCCAUCCAGGUCGGAUGGAACUCGAGGAAUUCCAACUCGGUUCGAAGCCGGACCGUGAGUGCCGCGCUGUACAACAUGGGAUGCCAGACCUCUGGCAUCAUUGCCAGCAAUAUCUACCGGGAAGAUGAUCGACCACGCUAUCGACGCGGAAAUCGAGUCCUUGUCUCGCUCUGCGCGGUGAACAUAGGCAUCUAUGUUUUUGCAAAAGUCUACUACGUCGUACGCAACAAGCGCCGGGACCGGAUCUGGAAUGCCAUGACGGAAGAGCAGCGUGCUGAAUAUCUUGCCACGACCACUGACAAGGGCAACAAGCGUUUGGACUUCCGCUUUGCUAGCUGA